UCUGACAGCUUUUUUUUUUUUUGGUAAAAAUAUUUGUCUGUGGCCGUGGAGUUGAAUAAACGGAACGGGGUUCAUAAAUGGCGGAUUCCAAAGCAAAAUAAAGUAAAGCGGAUUUAAGGAGUUUGUUGAGGUCCGGCUUCUUAUUUCUUAACUAAUGUUUCCAAUUUCCAACACCUACAUAGACGCUUUUGUCUGUGUCCGCGACUGAGUGAGAGAGAGAGAGUGAAACACACACACACAGUGAGGAGGAAGACUGUGAGUCUGUGAGUAAGAGAAUGGGGAAAUCUACCACUUCUUGUUUCAAAAUUAUUACAUGUGGUAGCGAUUCAGCGGACAAGGAUGAUCUUGAACUUACUGAGAGCAAGGGUCCAAGUGAUAAACGUGGGUGGAGCUUCCGCAAGAGAUCUGCCCGUCAUCGUGUGCUAAGUAACACUGUGGUAACUGAAACCCCCGCUUUUGGGAAUAAGGAAGGUCCAGAAUCUGCUCCUCUCAACUUUGAAGCUCCAGCUGACACCACUGUUCCUGAGAAAAUCACUGUGGUACAUUGCAAUGAUGAGAAACCCCAAUUGCCAACUCCAGUUAAUCCAAAAGAAUCUGCCACUCUCACUGAAGUUACCACUGAAAGUGAGGCUGAGACGGAUGCCAAAGUGGAUGAGGCUGUUGUCAUUGCAAUCCAGACUGCCGCCAGAGGCUUCUUGGCUCGGCGACAACUGUCAAAACACAAACAUGCAGUCAAGUUGCAAGCUGCUGUUCGAGGUCAUUUGGUUCGUAAGCAUGCUGUUGGAACUCUACGUUGUGUUCAAGCUAUUGUGAAAAUGCAAGCUCUUGUUCGUGCUCGCCAUGCUCGGCAAUCUUUGGGGGAACCAUGUCAAAAUUCAGAUGGGAAGAAGCAAGAAACUUUAGCAAACAAAUCAAGUGGGGCAAGCGCUGGCAUGGAGAAGCUACUUAGCAAUAAAUUUGCUCGCCAGCUUCUGGAAUCAACUCCCAAGACCAAACAAAUUGAUGUCAAGUGUGACCCUUCAAAAUCUGAUUCUGCUUGGAAAUGGUUGGAGAGGUGGAUGUCUGUCUCAGCAGUGAGUGCUGCUGUGACAGAGAAGGAAGUUUCAGUUACAGAGCAGCAGGGAGAGAAGAGCGAAAAUUUUGAGUCUCUAUUGGGGAACAUCACUGUAGAACCCGAAGUCAUUUCUGAGUCAAUGGACUCAAAGUUCAGUGUUCAUGAGUCAGGUGUAGAACCCGAAGUCAUUUGUGAGGCAAUGGACUCAAAUUUCAGUGUCCAUGAAUCAGGUGUGCAAUCUGAAAGUGAAGACAAUCUAAUUACUUAUGAGGCAGAUGAAUUUGACUUUCAGGCUGGCCAUUCUUCCACUUUUUCUGCCAGAGAUAAUUUGGAGCAGCCUCAGCAAGAGAACACAAGCACAUCUGAUGUCAAAGAGACCUCGGUAGAGAUAAAGCCUAUUCAAAAGGAAUGUGUGCAGUCAGAAGUAGAUUCUCAACCGGAGAACAAUUCGCGUUCUGGUGUACCUGAAACAGAAGCUGAACAACCAAAGCGUUCAAUGAAAAGAUUUGCCACAGAUGAAUUAGAGACUGAGAGCAAGAAAUUUGUCUAUGGAUCAAAGAAGACAAGUAAUCCUUCAUUUAUUGCCGCCCAUUCCAAAUUUGAAGAGCUGAGUUUAGCUGGUAAUCUAGGUCAGUCUAUGAGUUCAUCCUAUCAAGAAUCUGGGGACGAGUCACACAAGGACACAUUCUCUUUUGAGCCACAUUCUGAAAUCAGGAGCAAGGAUGUUGUUGUUAUGGAAAGUCCAGUUCAUGGAUCAAGGCUUCAAGUUGGUGGCUCAGAGUGUGGCACUGAACUCUCUGUAACUUCAACUCUUGAUUCACCAGAUAGGUCUGAUAUUGUAGCCAUAGAACGCGAGCCUGAGGCCAAAGUUUCGGAUGAAGAGAUUUGCAAUCCUAAUCAUAAUAACAACAUGGAAAAUUUAGAUCUUAAGGAAAUUGGCGUUCCUACAAUCCCAGAAUCUAGCUUGUCUCGUUCAAUCCCAGAACAGCCUGAAAAUCUUGAUCUUGUGUAUGGUGAUGCUGUUAGUUCUGUGAUUACUGUGAACUCCACGCCACCAAUGGAGCUGAAUUCGAAGAGGAAUACAACUGAUUUUCAGAGUGAACCAGAGCAACACUCUAACACAGAUGCUCAAGCUCAAGUGUUGUCGCCACAUGCUUCUCCUAGAAGCCAUAUGACUGCUCCUAAAUCCCAAGGAACACCUGCUAGUCAUAUGACUGUUGCUGAAUCUCAUGGAACACCUGCUAGCCAUAUGACUGUUGCUGAAUCUCAUGGAACACCUGCUAGCCAUAUGACUGUUUCUGAAUCCCAAGGAACACCUGGUAGUCAGGUUUCAGUGAAAGCCAAAAGAAAUAGAUCUGGCAAGAGCAGGUCUGAUCAGAAACGCGAGGCCCUGUCGGCCAUUAAGAAGUCACCUUCUAAUGCAGGUCACGAAUCUGGCUCAAGAAGUAGCACGGAAAAGUUGCCUAAGGACCAGAAAAAUGGGAAGCGACGCAAUUCUUUUGGUGCAAUGAAACUUGAGCAUAGUGAACAAGAACCUAGAGACAGUAGCAGCAAUAGUUCAAUCCCCCACUUUAUGCAAGCAACAGAAUCAGCUAGAGCAAAGCUCAAUGCAAAUAGUUCUCCAAGAUCCAGUCCUGAUGUCCAAGACAGAGACAUUUACAUCAAGAAGAGACAUUCUUUGCCCGGUACAAAUGGAAGGCAGGGAUCUCCUCGUGUGGAAAGGUCUAACUCUCAAGCACAGCAGGGGACUAAGUCAAAUGAGAGAAAAUGGCAGAGAUGAAGAUUGGUCAGACCUACAAUUUGCAAAAAGAGAAAAGCAAAUGGUAGCAGAACACCAGUCCUUAAAAGGCAAUUCGGAGGCGGCGUUAGUUGAUCUUACAUUGACUGGUAGCUAGCUACUUAUUUUUAUACUCCAGCUUCUUCUGUUGUGAACUAUGUGCCUUGAUCUAUUAAUCCACACUAAGUUCCUAGGAGCGAGUCUUUCUAUAUAUAUGGGACACUGAGUGAAGUUUUUGUGUACAUUUCCACUGUUACCACUACCAUUAUUAUUAUUAUUAUUUCUUUUAUGUAACUUUCUCCAAAUCAUAUAUUUGGAAUUGGGUGUUAUAUUUUUAGUACGUUUGGUAUAGACACAUUUGGUUGAGGCAACUACAAAGUGAUGAGCUUCUACAAGGCUUCCUUUGUGGGUGUCAUUGUAAUAAAUUGGAUAUUCUCUCUCUCUUUAAUUGAUUUAAUUUUCACCA